AUGAACUUCGAAUCGCGUCGCCUCCUUCAAUUGUUAGAAGGUCUUCGUGUCUGCACGACGGGAUUGACAGUAAAGGAAAAGGAGACAGUAUCACGGCUAGUCACGACCAAUGGAGGUCAGUAUGAUGACAUAUUGGAAACGGGUAUGACCAAUAUUUUUAUAGCACGACGCCCAAAAGGAGCUAAAUACAAUGCUGCGACUGCAGCAUUGUAUUUAGCUCCUUCUGGGCGUCCAAUAGUGCAUCAUGGUUGGUUAUGUGCUUGUUUAGAAAGACAAUUAUUGGUACAAGGAGACGAAUUUACUCUUUGUCUAAAAAUGAAUGACUCAAAGUUACUUCCGACAAAUAUUGCAUCGACCCAAUUGAAGGAGACACAGAUAUAA